AUAAAGAUAUAUCGUUUAUGUUAAUUUUAAUUUCCUCAUAACCUGUGAAGUUUAUUUUAUUGUUCUGAAUUAAACAUAGAUGAUUUUAAUACAUUGUAGGCUUCGUGCAACGAAAUUUUAAGACUUUCUCCUAUAUACGUAGAUACGUUAAUGCAGCACUCAAGUAGAAGUUGGCAUCACGAGCAUUACGAGUGGACUUUGGCUUAUUUGUUGUUCUUGCCGCGGCCGUGGUUUUGGUUUUAUGUGUUGUAAUUUAAAUGGCAUAAUUUCUUCUCUACUGAAUGGCACACGGUGGAAAUCAUGCAAAUGUUGACAAGAACAAACGGCUGAUAGCUCGUGAUUCUAAAGUCAACCUUGCAGCUUUACUGAACGAUCCCAGGAAGGCCAGGAGAGAUUACGAUGUUUUCACGAAAACUUGGGGAGAAUCGUUCAAAGAUCUCACUCAUGGAUCCACUGUACCUAAAUCUAGUAGGUUACCUGAAAUUUCGGAAGCACAUUUUGCUAAUUAUCUAUCAAAAACAAGGGAUAAAUUUCUUAGACAUCAGAGUCAACACGUUGAAAGUGGUAUCGUAACAAACGAGGGAAAUGAAUAUGGUGGUUCGAAAGUAAAUGCUGGAAAAGCUAGUCUUAAGACAGCUUCAUUGCAACAACAAUUGAAAAUCCAGGCAGCUACAAAGUUAGCUCUUGAUUCAAUUCCAAGAAUGUUUUUGAGGCCUACAUUUUCUCUUGAAGAUCCAGGGACAUUUUCUUCAGUAAUAAGUUUAAAUUCUUUAUCAUCGGGCCAUGCAACAACUAGAAACUAUGUAAGUGAUUUUAUUGCUCAUGGUAUGUCAUCAUCAAAAUUGUUACAAGAAAAACUAAGCCAUCAUUUAGACUUGGUAGAAGUCGCUAUCGUGCGUCAAAUAUCUGUUCAAUCAGAUGCAUUUUUUGAUGCAAUGGCAUCACAUGAAGACUUGAAUGAAUUCUUGCGUAAAAUGUUAUCAAGUGUUCAUCAAUUAAAACUUAAAAUUAGUGCAAUCGGUGAGACUAUAACAAAAAAAUCAUUCAAAGUACUACAUUGUCAUUGUAAGCACAGGAAUAGAGUUAUUGUUUUGAAUAAAUUACAAACAAUGAUAACAGUACACCAAGCCCAACCCACAAUACAACUUCUGUUAUCAACCGGUGAAUACGCAGGAGCAUUAGACUUGAUCGAAACGACACAAGAAGUUUUGAAACAAGAAUUAGCUGGACUUCAUUGUUUUAGGCAUUUAAGUUCCCAAUUAUCGGAAAUUGAAAAUGUGAUUGGCCAUAUGAUGAAUGAAGAAUUUUCAAACUGUAUAACCAAUGACCUUCAAAGGCCUUUAAUUGAGGGUUCUGUAACCUCACAACCCCAUCAUCUCACUGCGAUUGCGCUUGGAUUGAUUAGAAGAAAACGAUUAGUAUUCUUAGAUGAAUUUAGGGAAGAAGUUAAAACAACUGUAAAAACAAUCAUAAAAACAACGGUGGUGGAUGUAGUUGAAGCAUCAGAAAAGAACAACAAAAAUCUGACCAAUGGGGUCGAACAAAAUGGGGAUUCACCUGAAAAAACUGAAUCUUUGGCGGAAAGAAUGCGAUUGCUUGAAUAUAAUGAAUGGAUUGAGCUGUUUAUUGCAAUCACUGAUAAUUUAACUAUAUUUCUAAGACGAGUAAAAUCUUUUUUGACUGUCGUAGUCAAUGCGAUCUGCCUAUCGACACCACCGUCUAAAAGAUUUAAUGUGAAUAAUUCCCUCGCGAAUGGAAUUUCUACAGAUUCUGAUUUGGCUGUGCAUACUGCACCUGAUGAAUUGAAUGAGUUGGAACAACAAACUACCUCUCCUAAAGAUACUAUUUCUACAGAUAAUGUAUGGGACGAUAUGGACCAAUAUGAAGCUCAAUUGAUGGAGUCUGUAAAUGAGAAUCCGAGAGAAAAAGAAUCUAAGCAAAAAUUACAAAAAACAUUUUCACAGAAUAUUUCAGACUCUAUAUCUACUAAAGGAACUGAUAAUUCUGACUCAUAUUCGGUAACUGAAGAAUGUGAUUCCUCUUCUGCGGGUUCAUUGCUAAAUGAAAAAGAACAUAGCGACUUUAUGCAAUCAAUUUGUGAAAAUUUAAUAUGGGCUGCAGAUUUUGCUCACGACCGUUGUGUUAAAGUCAUUAUUGCCAAAAAUAAAAAUUCUUCUUUGGAGAAGUUAACUUCUCUCCAGUUUUUAACACUUGCUCAAUCCAUUGAAAAGUAUCUCACUGACACGGAAAACAUAUUUUUAGGAGAAGAAAGUAAUGGUGAUAAAGAUUCUUUAUAUUUUGAUGGAUAUUUCAUGAUGUGUUGUGGAAAUUAUAACAGGGGUGGUGGAGUCUUGAGAGGUGUUUUGCAAUCGCAAGCAUCACGCUUUGUCACAAGAUUUCAUGAAGAAAGAAGAAAUAAAUUAUCACUUAUACUUGAUAAUGAAACAUGGAAACAAUCUGAAGUACCGGCUCAACUUGCAAAGUCGCUGCAAAAUCUAUCAGUUGCUGCAUCUAAAAAUGAAAUCAAAGUGGAUAAAUUACCUGAUGAUGGAUCAGCAGAAAGUACGAAACCUACUGCUCUGUUGACCAUUGAUGGAGAUGAAUAUGCUGUUGUUGGGACAGUACUCAUGCUUCUUAAAAUGGUGACAGAAUAUUUAAAAUGUGCUGAUGAUUUGCCUGCCUCAACACAAGACUUAAUGACAAGGGUUUGUGAAUUAUUAACGCUAUUCAAUUCUCGAACUUGCCAACUUGUCCUAGGUGCGGGGGCGUUACAGCUAGCUGGACUGAAAACAAUAACCACUAGAAAUUUAGGUUUAGCGUCAAGGUGCCUUCAACUUGUUUUAAAUCUACUUCCAUCAAUUAGGUACCAAUUUAAACAAAAACUGUCGCUGUCUUGUCCUCCGAAUAGCAAAAGUAAACAUUUAAGCAGUUUGAAACAUUUCGAUCAUGUUUCAAAAGAUUAUAAGGAUCAUAUAACAGAAAUUGAUAAUAAACUUGUCAAUAUAAUGGAUUCUGCAAUUGAAAAUAAUCUUUCAAGAUGGCAGGUAAAAGCACCAAUGCCUUCUCGUGAAUUUCGAACUAUAUGUCGUCAGAUGACAAAACUUCAUGAAAUGAUUGCGGAUUUAUUACCUGAAAAACAGGUAGAAAAUAUUCUGUAUAAUAUUCACUUAAGCUUUGCAAAACAGUUGCAUAGAAAACUCCAACAAUAUGGUGUUCGUAAUGACGGAGGACCACAAUGUGGUCUUGUUAUGUCUGAUAUUGCUUUUUAUGAGGUUAGCUUAAAAAACUUGAAAGUUUUCAAUGAAGAUUUAUCAAUGAAUUCUGUGUGGAGCUGAGUCAAAUUUUGAUAUAUGAACAUAGGCACAGUUGUAAUCAGGGAUAUUCAAGAUGAAUCAAUGUUCGAUUACAUUUGAAAUAGGCUAUAUUUAAUAUAGUAAAUAUAUGAUAUCCGGUAUAAUUUUAAUAUUUUCAUUAGAACAAUUAUCAUUAUAAGCAUUUGAAAUCUUGUAUGAUCAGACUUUCUUCAACCUGACUUACAAUGAUUUGUGAAAAUUUCUUUUUUUAACGUGACUCAAUUUAUUACAUGUUCAAAAAUAUUACCUACAUCAGAAUGUAUUCGAAAUAGUAAAUGAUUUGAUUUUGGUUAUCCCUGGUUGCUUUUUUUUGUCCAUAAAUUUGGGUUGCGGAUUGGCAAAAAUAGUUUUGCAGAAAUUCUUUAUUCUUGUAUUGGAUAUUUUUAUAUGAAUAAUCGCACUACUAAAUUCAGCUUUUGUUGCCAAAUAAUAGAAAAAACGUUUGAACAUUCAUUGGUCGUUCAGAAAAUUCCACUUUUAUAAUUACUUAUAUGAAAAUCCACUUGCUAAACUUUCUUAUUGAAAUUUCAAUAUCAUAGGGUUUCGUAUUAUUCAAAUUUUUGUUCCUACACUUGAACAAUAAUCAACCUAAAAUACUAGCGAUUUUACUCUGCUGCUUGUUAUUGUCGCUUUUUUUAAAUCCUCUUUCUAAUAUUUUGAACAGGUACUAGAAUAUGAUGUGAUAGUUUUAAAAUAGUUGUACGUAUAUCUUUUCAAUACUUUUUUUUUUAAUUCAAAUCACUUCCAUAAUUCUCCAUCAAGUAUCCUAACCUUGAUCUGAAUGGUAACUAAAAUUUCCCCCUGAAUUCUUGUAUUACUCGUAUUUUUGGAAUGAUGAACGGGCCAAUGAGUACUAAAAAUCUCUGGAACCACUGGUAUAGACCUUGAUUUCAAGAUAGUCUAUAGUGCUGUUGUUUUUCUGCGCGCAUCUAGAUAUUCUGAAUGUUUCAAGCACGUGAAUUUGUCCAAAAGGAUUCAAUUUUUAUUUAUAUAUUGCACUUAAUAUAUUGACCUGCAAUGUUGUUGAGUUUAAUAAAUGUGGUGUUUUAUGUCAGAGCUGAAUGGCAUGAAGCCUAUAGUUGCAACUGCAGCAUCGUGCCUUCUACAUUUUUUAUGUGCUGUUCUGUCAUUUUGUCAACCAUCACACGCAAAUUAUGAAUAUAUUAAACUCUUGCUAUUUUCGUA